AUGGUGGCAUAUAGAGCUAGCUUUGUAAACGCGCUGAGGGAUUUACUGCACAUCAAGGACAUACUAAUAGUGACGUUAACGCCGAUUGUACUUUUGCCGUUUCUGUUAGUUGACGGUGGCGGACCGGUGGCAAAAUGUGCUUACUGCGUUUUAAUUUUGGCGAUAUUCUGGCUCACAGAAGCGUUUCCUAUCGCUGUGACGUCACUGAUUCCUGUGUUCCUCUUCCCGAUCGUCGGAGUGCUUUCGGUCAAAGACACCGCACAAGAAUACAUGAAUGACACCAACAUGUUGUUUGUCGGGGGUCUGAUUGUCGCAGCCGCUAUCGAGCACUGGAACAUCCACAAGAGAAUCGCGCUCCGGAUCCUCAUGUUCGUGGGAGCGGAAACGAAAUGGAUCAUGGCUGGACUGAUGCUCCCCACGUGGUUUCUGUCUAUGUGGAUCAGCAACACAGCUACAACCGCCAUGAUGGCUCCCAUCGCCAACGCCAUCCUGCUACAGCUCAAGGAAACGGAAGAUAUGUACAAGAACUUGCAUAAAAGUGACGGACUAAAACUGGACGAGAUUCAGGGGAAAGAUGAAAGUAAUGUUAGAGACAAAGAAGUAGCUGUUGAAUACGGAAACGCGCAGCACGAAUCUCAAAAGGAUGGUCCAGACUUCGACAAUAUUCCCGACAACGUACUGGAAGGCAAUGACAACGUGGCGUUCGCGCGCACAUGCAAGUGUCUCUCGCUGUGCAUCGCGUACGCCUCCAACUGUGGUGGCAUCGGCAGCCUUACUGGGACGGGAGCCAACCUCGUUAUGAAGGGACAGCUAGAUCUGAUAUUGGGUGAGUAUGGUAUCAAGAAUUCACCUCUAAACUUCGCAACGUGGUUGGCAUUCGGCGCCCCUCUGUCUUUUGUGUUGACCGCGGUUGUCUGGUUCUGGAUGUACAUAUUCUUCAUCAGAGGCCGAGAUUGUUGUCAGAGCACCAACAAAGCUGGUGCUGCGAGGGUGAAGGUCGCCAUCCGCGCGCAGUAUGAGAAGCUUGGACCUAUCACAUUUUUCUUAAAUGGCAUAUGUUUAUCCGCAGGUACAAGGGAACCCUUAAAGCCCCUUAUUUCCUGGAAGGUGGCUGCAGAGAAGGUCCCGUGGGGCGUGGUAUUUCUGCUAGGGGGCGGGUUCGCUAUGGCCAAGGCCGCCACGAAGAUCGGCAUGUCCGCCUGGGUAGGGGAGAAGCUGGCCGUACUUGAUUAUCUCGACCCCUGGGUGCUGAACCUGGUGCUUUGCUACAUCGUGGCCGCUCUAACGGAAAUGACCAGCAACACCGCCACGUGCACCCUAAUGAUGCCGAUAGUCGCAAAUUUGGCCAUCAAUCUGAAGCAGAGUUCAAUCUAUCUGAUGUUCCCCACAGCCAUAGCCUGUUCUUUUGCCUUUAUGUUACCCGUGGCAACGCCACCCAACGCCGUCAUUUUCUCGUAUGGAUACGUGACAGUCAGCGAAAUGGUGAGUACAUUGGUUUUGGCUGUCGUAUAUAUACUCGAUCGCGCACCUUAAAUAGAAACAUGUUUACACUACUUUAUCUCUUAAUUACGGUGGCACAGAGGUGACAUUCACUUCUCUUUUUUUAA